AUGAAGCUUAAGCUGUUGAUUUUGCUCGCACUUGUGUUCUUCUCUUCACCUGCAAUUGCUGGAGAAUCUAAAGAUGGAAGUACAAAAGUAGCAGUAGGUGAAGAAGGGAAAGAGGUUGACGACGCCAAGAUAUAUUGCAGAUACCGUUGCUGUAGCCGAUAUGGUGGUUGUAGGUGUUGCAGUUUUUCUGAGGUUGUGGCUGAAGAGUUCAAAUUUAAUGACCAGCCGAACGAUGUGAAGUUGCAAGGAACUAAUCAUGGAAGAAGUGGUGGUGGUGGACAUGGCGGUGGAAGCGGCGGUGGUGGACAUGGCAGUGGAGGAAGUGGUGGUGGUGGACAUGGCAGUGGAGGAAGUGGUGGUGGUGGACAUGGUGGAGGUGGAAGUGGUGGAGGAAGUAGCGGCGAUGGACAUGGUGGUGGUGGUAGUAGUGGACAUGGUGGAGGUGGAAGUGGUGGUGGUGGUGGACACGGUGGAGGUGGAAGUGGUGCCGGUGGUGGACACGGUGGAGGUGGAAGUGGUGGGAGUGGUGGAGGUGGAAGUGGUGGGAGCGGUGGACAUGGUGGUGGUGGUGGACAUGGAGGUGGCGGUGGUGCCUAUGGUGGAGGUGGAAGUGGUGGAGGAAGUAGUGGUGGCGGACAUGGUGGUGGAGGAAGUAGUGGUGGCGGACAUGGUGGUGGAAGUGGAGGAAGUAGUGGUAGCGGACAUGGUGGUGGAAGUGGUGGAGGAAGUAGCGGUGGCGGACAUGGUGGUGGAAGUGGAGGAAGUGGCGGAGGAGGUAAAGGAAGCAGUGGUGGACAUGGUGGUGGAAGUGGAGGAGGCAAAGGAAGUGGUGGACACGGUGGAGGUAGUAGUGGUGGUGGAGGAAGUGGAGGUAUUGGAUAUGGUGGAGGUGGAAGCGGCGGACAUGGUAGGGGUGGAAGUGGUAGUGGAAGCAAAGGAGGAAAAGGUGGGGGUGGUGGUUAUUAA